AUGGCCGAGAAGCUCACGUUUUCCGCAGAACAGGCCGCUUUGCUGGAGCCUCACUUGCCGCCGACGAAGACCACUCAAGGAUCAGGCAUUUACGUGACCUUGACGUAUGCGUCUUCGCUCGACUCUUCCCUGUCGCUCGCGCCGGGCGUGCGCACCCGCCUCUCCGGCCCGGAAUCCAAAGCCAUGACCCAUUACCUGCGCGCCCGGCACAACGCCAUUCUCAUUGGCGUCUCGACGCUUCUCGCCGAUGACCCCGCGCUCAACUGUCGCAUAGCCGGCGCGGAGCACACGCAGCCCCGGCCCGUCAUCAUUGAUCCGCACCUGCGCUGGACGCCCCAGGCAACCGACAAGGUGCUGGAGACGCAGCGCCGGGGCGCGGGCCUGGCGCCGUUUGUCAUCACGGCAGAGUCGAACAGCAUCCCCGAGGCUGCGUCGCGGCUUCUCGAGCAGCACGGCGGCAAGUACAUACCGCUGAAAGUAGGGUUUCCGGGCCCGGAUGGACGGCUGCGCUUUGACUGGCACGACAUCUUUGCCAGGCUGGCUGACCACGAGCGCAUUUCAAGUGUCAUGGUGGAAGGCGGCGGGAAUAUUAUUAAUUCUCUGCUGGACCCUGCUUGUCAUCAGUUGAUAAACUCGGUCAUUGUCACAAUAGCACCGACCUGGCUAGGCCAAGGCGGAGUUGUCGUGUCGCCGGCGCGCGUGCACGAUCAGUCAGGAUCACCGGUAGCCGCGGCCCGCCUACAUGACGUCUCGUGGCACCCCUUUGGUGAGGACAUUGUAUUGUGUGGCAAGCUACAAUGA